CCCAAACCUGGUUUUGAUAUAUGGUGCAUCAGUUAAGCUGAGUGUAAAGAAAAUGGAUCAACAAAUGAAGUUUUACACUUGUUCUGGAGUUCCUUUUGAGGUCACGUAGAUUCAUUGAGUUUAGAUGAUAAGUGCCAGCCGCAGCUUGUAGAAGCUGCAGUUGAGGAUGUUGAUAAAUUUCUGGCUGAUAUUCUAUCCUUCUUACAAUGAAAAGUCUUUUCCUGGCAGUAUCUUACAUUUCAUGCUACAGUUUAGCAGUAAACCAUAUAUGCAAGCUAGUGAUCCAGCCUUUGACAAUACUGUAAAUACCUCUAUUUGGAGGUUUCUAGAACUACAUUGACAAAUCAUUGAUUGUCAUCUGCUACAAGAGCAAGAAUGGAAAGGUAUAGAAUUUCCGAGGAGCUUGGAGAUGGUACCUGUGGUAGUGUGUUCAAAGCCUUCAAUAUAGAAACAUUUGAGAUUGUUGCUGUGAAGAAAAUGAAACGAAAGUUCUACUUUUGGGAAGAGUGCAUGAAUCUAAGAGAAGUUAAGGCCCUUCGUAAACUAAAUCACCCUAAUAUUGUAAAUCUAAAGGAGGUUGUCAGAGAAAACAAUGAACUAUUCUUCAUUUUUGAGUACAUGGAACAUAAUCUUUACCAAAUCAUGAGGGAGCGACAAAGCCCUUUUUCUGAAUGGGAAAUACGUAGCUUCAUGUCUCAGAUGCUGCAAAGACUUGCUCACAUGCAUAGAAAUGGAUAUUUUCAUCGAGAUCUGAAACCUGAAAACUUGCUGGUGACAAAGGAUGUUCUGAAAAUUGCUGAUUUUGGACUGGCAAGAGAAGUAUCAUCAAUGCCUCCUUAUACAGAAUAUGUUUCUACUCGAUGGUACCGUGCUCCAGAAGUUUUGUUGCAGUCUUCAACCUACACUCCUGCUAUUGGUAUGUGGAUAUUACUUGAUCUAAUUAUCUUUGUGUGUGUAUGUACAUAUCUGCAUCUUCUUCUAGUAGCUUUAUGGUACUCUUGUACGAAUCCAAAACUUAAUUUGCAUCUGAUAAUGUAUUCUCCAUCAAUUUGAUUUAGACAUUCUUUC